GGUAUAUGGUUCCAUAACACCAUAGCUCCCCUGCCUUCCUCCCCAGCGGUCGAUCCGAGUGGGGAGAAAAAGGGAGAGGAGAACGAAGAGUGAAUCAAAGAAGCGAAGAGAUAUUUAAAGAAAAAUAAAGGGGUGAAAAUGUAAAAGAGAAUCGAAAAUGACCAUCCAGGGAACUAAAACCCCACUCCCCCAUGGACAAGAAUGAUCGGAGGAUCGCAACCGAGGGGCACUGCCGGGCGAAAGAACAGUAGAGCCCGGCAGCCACGGCGACUUGAGGCAUCCGAUUAUUACAGGUAGGCCAGGGCCAUGGCCAGCGAACCCGCGACGAGGGCAAUGGGCAUGUUGACCGCGCUGAUGGCGCCGCCCGCCGUGUGGAUGGGGGUGGAGGGGCUGGUGCCGGAGGGCAGAGGGGUCGAGGUCCUGACGCUGGAGACAGCGUGGCUGGGAGUCGCGGAGCUGGUGGGGAUCACGGUGGGGGUCGCGGAGCUGGUGGGAGUCACGGAGCUGACGCGCACCAGGGUCCGGGUGAUGGUGGUGAUCUGGGUCGAGGUGAUGGUCUCGUCCGCAGCGAAGGCGGGGGCCGCAGCCAGGAGAACAGCGGAGACGAUAGCGGUGAUCUUCAUGAUUGCGGUCGUAAUCGUGGAUGUCGUUCUUCUUCUCUUGAAAGGUAGAUGGUAGAUAAUUGGGAAUAAGAUGAAACGCGACGGCGAGUCAAGUAUCAGACAGUAGUUUCACAGCGGAUAGGGGCGACAGAGGGAGUGGCAGAUGAAGAGCAGAAGUGGUUUCAGUUGUCAAGUGAUAUAAAUUCAAAGACAGCAGAGAAGGAAGGUCAGUCGCAGACGAGGGUUGGAUAGAAUUAAAAGAGUGUGGGAGGAGAGCGCUGCUCCAAGUGUAACGAACGUAUAGAUGCGAGAUCUGAGAGUGGUGAGAAAAACAAGAGAAAACAAGAGGGCGAGACGCCAGGGAGGUUGCGGCCCCAGGCUAAAUAAGAAGUUUCUCUAGUAGAGAAAGAACUUCCACCAGACCAUCUGGAGUUAGUCUGGUAAUUUCCAACACGAGUUU